AUGGCGCUCCACUCCCGGUUCCCUGAUAGCAUCGCAGAAAUAACUUCUCUCAGGGAAAGGCUUUGCCAAUCUGAUUCUCCAGGAUCCGUAGAGGGCUGGGAGUUCACCCCACCACAAACAUUGCUCUUACGGAUAAUCACGCGUUCCCCACCGUCGCUGCAUCCAGGCUUCGAAACCCCCAAACUUGCUCUUAUGACGCGUUUGUGUGCAUAUUGCUCUUUACAAGCCAUUCACACCAAGUCAAAAGAGCGCUUAGCUGUUCCUGCCGCU